AGUAGAUGUAUAACAAGGAAAGUUUAAGAGGAGAAUAUUGUAGUCCUUUGCACUGAUAGUUUGAAUACCCCAUCCAUCCAGAAUAUAAAGAGGCAAACAAAUAAUGUAAAUUUGAUUUGCCAGUUAAUGUCUCUGAAGUCUGUACCUGUAACUGUUUCUCAAACAGAAAAUGGAGCAAAGUAUGAUUCGACACAGGGGAGACAAAAACCACAACUUCAAAGGUGUGACCUACAUUGAAAGGAAUUACAAACACAUUACUAGUGAUGACAUAAAGAAACUUAGAACAUGGCAACAAAUUCUGGCUAUCCUCAGAGGUUUUAUGAUUACCUUUUUCAUUCUUUUUGUCUUCAUCCCUACUUGGUGGGCAACUUGUCCAUGGCUACGCCGUUUUUGUGUAAUUAUGCCUGGAGUGGAACUCUUUUCACUUUCAAAAAACCUAUCUGCACCUCAUGAAUUUGGUCUCAACUGUACUCGCCAUUUUUUUAUUGAGCUUGGAAACUCGAGACUUGGUAUUUGGCACAUCUUUCCGAGCAGCCGAGCCAAUGAUUGCCAGGAAGGUCAUUUUGUAACUAGUGAGGAUUUUAAAGAUGGACGACCAGUGUUCCUGUAUUUCCAUGGAGCAGGUGGUACAAGGGGUUCUAAACAUCGUGUAGGCCUGUACAAAACUCUUACCAGCAGCAGCAUUGAUGCCCAUGUCAUUACUUUUGAUUACAGAGGCUUCGGUGAUUCAUCUGGUCACACAACAGGUCCAGGAAUGGUUGAGGAUGCCGAAGCUGUAUAUAGUUGGCUGAGGCCAUUAGUCAACUCAUCACAGCUUUUCAUCUGGGGGCAUUCAAUGGGAACAGCUGUAGCAAUAAACAUGGUUUCCAAGUUGGAAUUGGUACAAAAUCCAGUCGCUCUUUUCUUAGACUCUCCAUUUGCAAAUGUGAUCGACCUUACUCGUCUCCAUCCUUUGGCCAGUAUACAUCGGUACAUGCCAUUCUUCUAUUAUUUUUUUACUGCUCCUUGUCAGCAAGAUCUAGAUUUUGAUGUCGAAGAACGGAUAAAGGAUGUUCAGGUUCCUGUGUUGAUAUUUCAUGCAGAGGAUGAUCAUUUAGUGCCUUUUCAAUUAGGUUAUGAUCUUUACCAAAGGUCUUUAAGAGACAGGCCACACAAGGUAACUGAGUUCAUAGCCUUAAAUGCAAACUUAAAAAUAGGCCAUCAGGACCUUUUCAAGUAUCCACCUCUGCCAGAGAUUGUUAACAGUUUCAUGAAAUCAGCAUCUCGAAUUUCCUGAUUGAUUAAAAUUUGUUGGCAAUGGUAGAAUAGUUUUAUUACUUUUAUACAACAAUUUUUUUUUUUUACUAACUGUUAUGCAAUAUGAAAUUUGCUCAUUCACUGUAGUUGUUACUAAUAUUAAUUGUGGAAAUGUAAAUUGUUAUUAUAAUGUCAUAGUAAAACACACACAUGCAGUUAAUUGUUGUUUCACAUGAACUAAAAGUGUUUUUUUCAUAUGAAAAUGUUGAGUUAAGGUAAAAAUAUUUUUGUAUCAAGUCAUACUACAUAUAUACAUUGCCUACUAAUGUAAAUUUUUUUUAACUUCCAUAUUUUGUUACUAAUAUUCCUAAAGAGUGAUUUGUGUGAAACAUUCCACUUUGUUUUCCUUUGUAUAAAUUGUUGUUGGGGGGGGGGGAGUAUUGUAAGUCAUAUGAGUAAUAACUGUAACAUUUCAUAUUUUUUAUUACAAAUUUACACUUCAUGAUACAUGGAAGGCAAAGAGAGAAUAGUUUUUAAAACAAAUUUAAAAAUAUUAAACGAGGAUAUACAAAAUUUUAAUUUAUAUAUGUUUUUCAUUCUGAAUAUUAUAUCACAUUUAAUUUCUGGAAUAUUCAGUUUUGUCAUAUAACAUUUCAUUAAAUUGGAGCGAUACAGUUCAACUUUUUAUUUAAUCUGUGUUGUGAUACCCAAACAAUUAAUUCUUCAAACUGCUCUAUGAUUAUAUCAAUUUUUCUUUACAUGAAUAAGAUUGAUGAUUUUAAGCAUUCCUGUUAGUUAAAUUAUUUUACACUCACAUAUAUAUUUUGAUCUUUACAGUCCACCACCCCCACUCUCAAAUAUUGUGAUAUUUUUUAACUUAGCAUUUCUUUUGAGCUUUUGAAGCUUGUAUUAUUGUCAGAGUUAUGAUAAGUAGUAUGUUAACAUUAUGGUUACGAAGGUUAAAUGAAUACACCAACCAGUGAUUUUUUACACUGUUUCAAACAGUUGUAUUUCAAGCAGCUUGAGUUAAAAGUGUUGUAAUUUUCUUGGUAUAAAAUCACAGUGAAUUAUUUCAGGCAGUGGAGAUUUGUCUGGUACAUAUUCAUUGCUAAAUGUUUUACAGUAUUAUGGAGUGAAAAAUAAAUUCUUUACAGAUCCUGCAUAACGAUUAAAGAUGUAUCAAUGCAGUGUACUGUGUUAACAUAUUAUGUUUAUUAUUUAAAUAAGGCAGUUGUACUCUAAUAAAAUUGAGUUUGUUCUUUCGUUUCAGAUUUUUAAGUUUCUAAAUAAUUAACUUAGCUACUUACUAGUUUUAUAGCUUGUUUUACUUGAGAAACAUUCAGUACAGUUUUGUGGGAAAGUUUUAACUUGUUUAUAUGGGUGUUAUUUAAAGAUAUAUAUAUAUAACUUGUUAUCAAGAUGAACUUUGUCUUAAGCAUUUUAUAGCCACGAUAAUACUUGGUGGUUGGUUUAGGUUUCUUUUUUAUAAAACGUUUGUUAUACUGGAUUUAUUCGACUUUAUUCAUGAGGUUGUAAAAUGACUUUAUAUGGGUAACUGCAUUGUGUUCAAUAAAAGAUUUUUUA